GUCCGAUCUGAGAACACUCGUCCUUCUUCGUCCGAAUGAAACCCAAACCAUAUUCCCCUGACAUACAUUUCUCAUGCUUUCCCUACAUUCUCCUCGAUAUCGUUGGUGAAAUGCGAAACCUUCGUUUCACCGUGUCCCCCCAUCCGAUCAUUAUGAAGAUGAAUUGGGAAGUCAACAAACAUAUCGCUGAAUUCUUUUCCAAGGUCCCUUCGGACCUAGAGGAGCUUGAUCUAGAAGACCUCACUGCCGAUAUUUGUGUCUCUAUCUUUACCCACUCACUCAAGAGGCUCAGCCUCCAUAGCUACGGGGAUUUUAAUAGGGCUGGAACGCGACAGGUUAAUAGAACGCGACCGGUUAUUUCUGCCCAGCAGCUAGAUGAAAUGUGUGUUAGUUGUACCCUCUUGGAAGAGCUCGAAAUUGACAUUAAUCGCGAUGGAGAAUGGCCUCACGAUAUCUUAGACAAGGUGGCGAAAUUCCCCUGCCUAAAGAAGCUCACUCUAUCCCUGGAGGUUGCCAGUGUCCAGCUCUACAAAUAUAUAGCCUCACAACGAACGUUCGGUCCUUCGGUCGGACUCAUCAUCACACCAGACUUUGAACACCGUCUUUGUGGUAGCGUGCGAUCUCUGGCGUACCCCCGAAUAGAACAGCACUUGAGGACGUACAAAGUUGCGCCUUGUUGCUCAUGUCGGGGCUUAGUUGAUGUCUGGACGGAGCGACGGGACUGUCAUCCCGGGACUUUCUAUGGACCUGUCGGUGGAAAUACUGAAGAUGACAAGCGCUUCAUGAAGAGUUUUGCGAAGAGCUUUGUCCAGAGCGGCCCCGUGCCCGAACCUCUAAGAGGCACCGGAACUACGAGCUUGCGCCCCCCUGGGCGUGUAGGCGGAGCACAUCACGGCCAGUUCCGCUGGCGUCAUGCGCCUACAGAUGCUCAUCGUUCCUCACUCUAGCCAGUAGUACGGACCAUCGCCUGAUUUCUCACCGUCCCCAUGGUUCAACCCCAAAGUGACGGUACACCAUUCUUG